CGCUGCCAUUUCCUCAACCGACCAAGCCUACCCACCCAUCCACCCCGGCGGCGGCGGCGCAGCAGCAGCAGCAGAAGCACCCGAAGAUGGUGAAGUUCCUGAAGCCCGGCAAGGCCGUGAUCCUCCUCCAGGGCCGGUUCGCCGGCCGCAAGGCGGUGAUCGUGCGCGUGUUCGAGGAGGGCACCCGCGACCGCCCCUACGGCCACUGCCUCGUCGCCGGCCUGGCCAAGUACCCCAAGAAGGUGAUCCGCAAGGACUCCGCCAAGAAGACCGCCAAGAAGUCCCGCGUCAAGUGCUUCAUCAAGCUCGUCAACUUCACCCACAUCAUGCCCACCCGCUACACCCUCGACGUCGACUUCAAGGACGUCGCCUCGGGCGGGCCCGACGCGCUCUCCACCCGGGACAAGAAGGUCGCCGCGUGCAAGGCCGCCAAGGCGCGCCUCGAAGAGAGGUUCAAGACCGGCAAGAACAGGUGGUUCUUUACCAAGCUCCGCUUCUAGAUGCUGGGCGUCCCGCAUAGUCCCUGCUUUAGGUGUCAGUUUCUUGUAUCGGACACUCUUUAAGCUAUCUCUGCUUUGGUAUUGCCAUGAAGACUUCGUGCUUAGUAUUACGGAUCUCUCAGAUAAUUUUAUUAAGACAUGUCGUUGAUGUGCUAAAUGUUGUCAAUCAUAGAUCUGGCUGAAAUUUUGUUCCGAAUUGCUGCUUGAGAUGUAUUUAUUUUCACCUUCACUGUGCUCAAA